AUGGCGUCUGUCGAUACGUUGAAAAACGAAAUUGAAAAGCUGAAAGAGGACUUGAGCAACACCGAUGUCUCCAUCAAACGUAUCAUUGGUCGCGAUCGGGAAAACAGAUUCCCUAAUCGUAGUGUGUCACUUAACGAUGAUGCUCCUUCUUUUCACAGAAAGAAUGACAGAUUUAUUCAGAGAUUUGAUGGUCCACAAAGGGAUGGACUGAAUAGGAAGAGGUUGAGCAGUGGUUUGAUAGCAGGUCCUCCUAGACAACGCCAGCUUAUCAUAUCAAGCAAUAAUGUGAACAGGGAUAAUGCAGAAGAAGAAGAGGAUGAUUAUCAAACUCAUGUACUACUGACAACAUUGGCAUCUUCAGUCAUUGCGACCAACAAGGACAGUCAGUCAAGAGAGGAGAUCAUAAAGCAGCAAAACAUUGAUAAGGAGGGCAGUGCAAGAAACAGACGUAUGUUUGGUUUGAUCAUGGGCACGUUGAGGCAGUUCAAAAUGGAUGAGAGAAAAAAUGAGAUGCAGGAGCGAAAGCGCAAGGAAGUUGAAAUGAAGCUGGAGGAGAAGCAGAAAAAUGAAAAGGCCAAGAUUAGGAUGGAGAAAGAUAAACUUUUCCACACCAAGAAACAGCAGCAGAUCAAGCUCAAAAAGUUGGAAUUGAAAAUGGAGAUAGUUGAACUGCAUGAAAUCUGGGAAGAACAAUCAAAGCAGUUGAUGAACUUCAUAAGGACAGACAGCAAACCGAACAUUUACUAUCUUCCAAAACACCACACUGAAGCAAGUCUCAAAAAGUUGGAAUCAUCGAGGAAACUCAUUGAAGCCAUUGUCACGAAACGUCGCAACGUCCUGAACGAUGACAUCAAGAAAGUUUUAAACACUGAGCAUUUUGAUGAGAUGAAUGACGGUGAAGAAGAGCAGUACGGCCGGCCGGCAUUUACAAACGACAGAUCCAGUAGAACUAGCAGGACGAAGAGAGCUAGGAGGCAGGAUGCAACCUUAGCAACAGCAAAAGAUCAUGAUGACUUUGAUUUGGAUCUUAAUAAGAAUGAAGUUGUCGUCGGUGUUGACUACCAACCAUCUACUGACCAGACACAGAAGAUGCCCGGCCUACUAAAUAAGAAUGGCGAUGAGGAGGAUAAUUCUUACAACAACAAUGACGACGAUGAUGAUGAUCAGAUGGAUGAAGAUGAUGAUGAUAGACAGCGGGAGAGUUAUGCAAAUGAUGAAAAGAUGGAUGUUGAUGAUAAAAUGGAUGACAAUGAUACGGCAACUAGAACGCGUGGUGCCGACAUUCCAGAAAAACAAGAUGAUAAUGGAGUCGGUGAUGAUAACAGGGAUGAUGUUACUGAUGAUAAUGUGGCGAGAAAUAAUGACGAGGAAGAUGAACACGAUCAUCUCAGUCAAGAAAAUAGCUCACAGAAUGACGAUGAAAAUUGA